AUGGCGUCCUCCAUCAUCAUCAACAUCUUGGCCUUGUCAUGCGCCAUUCGCCAAGCCUCAGCAGCUUUCAGCCUCAACACCGGUGGCCCUAACUGGGACUACACCACCAAAGACUUGGCAAGCAGUACAUCUCAGGCCUGCAAAGACGCAUAUAGCGCCACCAUUGAGUGCGACGAUGUCCUUGUCGGCAUAGCCGCAUCCCUGAAUCCGAGCUUUCACCCGCAAGCUUCGGACCUACAGAGGUUGUGUACCACGACAUGCAGCGAUUCAUUGGCACAGUACGUCGCCAACGUUAAAUCUGCAUGCAACCAGCCCGGUGAUCUUGCUGGACUCUGCAGUGGGAAUAAGAACCUCUUUCAAGCCCCCGUUGAGGCAGCUGGCGAGUACCUUCAGUACAAGUACGGCGAAGCAUGCGCCAUGAAUGGGUCCGACUAUUGCUUCUUGACAUAUUCCCACAGUAAAGAUUGGGCGAAAGAAGAAUUCCCAUGUAGCGAUACCUGCGCUAUCCAAUUUUACCAGAACGCGCACGACCAGCCCGGCUCAGCGUAUUUCUUUAGCUACAUGGACCUGUGCAACCAGACUUCAUACUGGGAGGAAACCCUUGCUGGCGGCUGGAACACAGUGGUCCUGUGCGGUGAUGGCGGAAACCAGACCACCACCGCGAGUUCUACGAGUAUUAGUGCGAUGACCUCGGUUGCUUCUACCGGUCCUGCUUCAACAACAACAAUAUCUGCGUCCACAGCCACAUCUGCGGCUUCAACAACAGGCUCGGCGACAGGCACUAGUACUAGCACAGGUGUCGUCGCAAGUAGUAAACCCACGAGCGGUGCUGCAAGGAUCAGGCCGCCUUUUCUCUUUCUGCUCUAA